AUAAUUGUUAUCAUCAGCCAGUCUCAGGUUUUCUCCAAUCGCAGGGAACCCGCUUCCCAGGCUUCUGAGAGUCCAGAAGUGUCAAACCUGUCUAAAGGACAGGGCAUGUGGGGCCCUGAGCUCCCUGGCGUCUUCCCAUCCUCGGGGCUGGCAGCCAAGUCAGGCCUCUCGCCUCCGCCCCACCCUCCCCCGGCCCCUCCUCUCCUGGCCUCCCAUCCAAGGCAGAUGACUGGGAGCAGGAGGUGGGCUGCCCUCGCCCACUGCGUCAGAACGACGCCCACGAGGAGGUUACUGUGGGGCGCACACAGCAGGAGACACCCCUUGGAACCUCUCCUCUCCUCCCUAAUGCCAGGUUAAAACCCUCAACCCCACGUGCUGUUUGCAAAUCUACCAGCCACUGAGGGACUGACUCCCUCGAGUAGAGACCUCACUGAGAGCUAGAGACCUCACUCGCCUAGCCAGCAUGUCAGCUGUGGUCCUGGAGAACGGAGGCUUGGGCAGGAAACUCUCCGACUUUGGACAGGAAACAAGCUAUAUUGAAGACAACUCCAAUCAAAAUGGUGCUGUAUCACUGAUCUUCUCACUCAAAGAAGAAGUUGGUGCACUGGCUAAAGUCUUGCGCUUAUUUGAGGAGAAUGAUAUAAACCUGACCCACAUUGAAUCUAGACCUUCCCGUUUAAAGAAAGAUGAGUAUGAAUUUUUCACCUAUCUGGAUAAACGUAGUGUGCCUGCCCUGGCUAACAUCAUCAAGAUCUUGAGGCAUGACAUUGGCGCCACUGUCCACGAGCUUUCUCGAGAUAAGAAGAAAGACACAGUGCCCUGGUUCCCAAGAACCAUCCAAGAGCUGGACAGAUUUGCCAACCAGAUUCUCAGCUAUGGAGCGGAACUGGAUGCAGACCACCCGGGUUUUACAGAUCCCGUGUACCGAGAAAGACGGAAGCAGUUUGCUGACAUUGCCUACAACUACCGCCAUGGGCAGCCCAUCCCUCGAGUGGAAUACACGGAGGAAGAAAAGAAAACAUGGGGUACAGUGUUCCGGACUCUGAAGUCUUUGUACAAAACCCACGCUUGCUACGAGCACAAUCACAUUUUUCCGCUUCUGGAAAAGUACUGUGGCUUCCACGAAGAUAACAUUCCCCAGCUGGAAGAUGUUUCUCAAUUCCUGCAGUCUUGCACUGGUUUCCGCCUCCGACCUGUGGCUGGCCUGCUUUCCUCUCGGGAUUUCUUGGGUGGUCUGGCCUUCCGAGUCUUCCACUGCACACAGUACAUCAGACAUGGAUCCAAGCCCAUGUACACACCCGAACCUGACAUCUGCCAUGAACUGUUGGGACAUGUGCCCUUGUUUUCAGAUCGCAGCUUUGCCCAGUUUUCCCAGGAAAUUGGCCUUGCCUCCCUGGGUGCACCUGAUGAGUACAUUGAGAAACUCGCCACAAUUUAUUGGUUUACCGUGGAGUUUGGCCUCUGCAAACAAGGAGACUCCAUAAAGGCAUAUGGUGCUGGGCUCCUGUCGUCCUUUGGUGAAUUACAGUACUGCUUAUCAGACAAGCCGCAGCUCUUCCCACUGGAGCUGGAGAAGACAGCCGUCCAAAACUACACCGUCACGGAGUUCCAGCCCCUGUAUUAUGUGGCUGAGAGUUUCAAUGAUGCCAAGGAGAAAGUGAGGAACUUUGCUGCCACAAUCCCUCGGCCCUUCUCAGUUCGUUAUGACCCAUACACCCAAAGGAUUGAGGUCUUGGACAAUGUCCAGCAGCUCACGAUUUUGGCCGACUCCAUCAACAGUGAAAUUGGAAUCCUUUGCGGUGCCCUCCAGAAAAUAAAAUGAAGCCUUGGACAGAACUUGAUCUUUCAACUGAGCAUCUGUUGCUGGUGAUCCAACUACUUUCUUCAGAAAAAGUCUGAUAAGGACAUGUUAAUUUGAAAUAACAGCCUUGAAUCCUUUUGGAACAAGACAGAGAAUCAACAAAUAAAUCAAAAUAAUCUGAAAUGACAGUAUAUUAAAAUAUACCCGGAAGCAUAAUGGUAGAUCUUUUGGGGUCAUCUUUGAUUUAGAGAAGAUAAUUCCAGACUUGCAGUUGAGUUCAAUCAAUAAUCUGCCACAUUUCAUGAGAUUAAUUAAAAUUGAGACCUGCUUCAUUCAAGCUUCAUAUAUGCUUUUGUUAUUUGUCAUAGAGAACUCAUAAAAGAGUAUAUAUGGAUAAAUGUAAAACAAAAGACUGUCAUUAGCAUUGGAUUAUUGGGUUUAACACAAAUCUUGGCCUACGAGGUUCAUUUUCUAUUUGAGUUAACUAUGACUCCAGUUAUUGCUUUGCUAUUGUGUCUAUGUAGACCUCCUUUAAUUCAGGAGCCCAUUAAAAUAGUUACAAACAUUUUCUAUAGCAUUAUAUAGAAACAUUUCUGUAUUUUUUUUUUGUAAUCACUGCUGUAUAAGGUAAUGGAACUCCCCACCUAAUCCCCA